CAUCUCAAUGAAUUUUAUAUAUAGAUGUCCGUGUUUCUCAGCCUUGAAUGCACUUUGAAUCCCAAUAGCUCCUUUAGCUUUCUUUUUCCCUCCGGUUUUAUGAAAAUAAGGAUGGCUGCUCACAUCCUUGUACUUGCCCUUCUCGCAGUCACUUGUUCUCUCACACAUGCCUAUGACCCCAGUCCCUUGCAAGACUUCUGUGUUGCCAUACUAGAACCAAAACCACCAGUAUUUGUAAAUGGGUUCUUGUGUAAGGACCCAAAGAUGGUGCAAGCUGAUGAUUUCUUCUUCAGUGGACUAGACAGGCCGGGCAACACUUCAAAUAAGGUUAGGUCCAAGGUUACAUUAGUCACCGUGAAUCAGCUACCCGGACUCAACACUCUCGGUAUAUCCCUUGUCCGCAUCGACAUUGAACCUUACGGUGUCAAUUCUCCUCACGAGCAUCCACGGGCUUCAGAGAUCUUGACUGUCAUAGAGGGCACACUCUACGCUGGGUUCGUCACCUCCAACCCUGACAAUCGCCUCAUAACAAAGAUCCUAAAUAAGGGUGAUGUGUUCGUCUUCCCAAAAGGCCUCAUUCACUUCCAAUUCAACAUUGGCAAAACCCAUGCGGUUGCAAUCGCCAGUCUUAGCAGCCAGUUCCCUGGUGUCAUGACCAUAUCUAAUGCUGUCUUCGGUUCGAAGCCGCCUAUCUCGGAUGAUGUUCUCGCAAAGGCCUUCCACGUGGACAGCAAAGUGAUUGAUUUACUCAAGGCACAGUUCUAGAUAAUUAAACAGUUAAAUAUGUUAUCCCCAGAUAAGAAAUGUUUUCUUAACCUAUUAUAAUAAAAACUUUCUGCUUGAAUAAGUCAGCUUAAUAAUAAGAGGUUUUAUUUGGUUGGUUUGAGAAA